AUGGACGUCGCCGUACUCAGGUACCUACAGCCAGCCAAAGGCAGCCAUGACGAUGAACAACUGUUUGAGAACCGUAUAUGGAUACCGGACAUCGAUCUGGGCUAUAGGCUUGCCGCAGUGUUGGACGACGGUCUCAACGAUGUUCUUGUGGGAUUCCGUGAUGAUCAGGGAUUCUUCGAAAAGAAGAGGCAUCAUGCUCAGCAGCAUUGA